AUGCAGCGCGAAGCGCAAGAUUUGCCGCCGUUUCUCUCAGAUUAUUGUGUUAUUUUCUAUUUGGACGCCAGAUGCAAUUUAUUGUGGCCUUCGUGACACGUAGCACAUAGUCAAAUCACAAAUGCCGUGGGUCACAUAGUUUAAAAUAUAUCUGUUAUCCAAGUUCAAGGCCUAUUUCGAAACUAAUUCCGAAUAUAAUGUCUCAAAUGAAAUCAGUGGGCUCCGCUGCACGUUUGGCGGGCUCUCGGCCCUUCAGAGUGUCCAUCGAAGGCAACAUUGGCUCAGGGAAGUCGACUUGUAUCAAGUUCUUUCAGAAAAAUCGCAACGUUGAGGCACAUCCGGAACCCUUGAAUGAAUGGAGGAAUGUUGGUGGCCACAACCUGCUGGGACUGUUGUACGGGAAUGUGCACAAGUGGACCUUCCCGUUCCAGCACUAUGUGCACUUGAGCCGCCUCAAGAUACAGAUUAGCCCACCCUCGCACCCGGGGAUCACUGUCAAGAUGUUUGAGAGAUCAGUGCAGAACAGCCGGCACUGCUUCGUAGAGAAUGCCAAGAAACAGAAUUACUUGGAAGAUGCGGAGUACCAGGUAUUGAUGACGUGGUUUGAUUACACGGAGAAAAAUCUUGACAUCAGCCUGGACCUUAUCGUAUACUUGCGGACGACGCCACAAGUGGUGUACGAUCGCAUGCUGAAGCGAGCACGCGCCGAGGAGGCCGAGAUACCCCUCGAAUACUUACAAGAGGUACACGAUUCAUACGAGAAUUGGUUGAGCUCCGGGUCCGUGGGCUGCGAGGUGCUCACGAUCGACGCGGACCGCGGCCUCGACCGCGUCGUGGAGGACUUGGAACGCUACUCGUACAAGAUCCUCGGCGGGAACCACACCAACUGACACUGGAAACUCCAGAGGGGCUAAGGCUGCGUUCACACAAAAAUGUACGAGGAUACGUAGCGACGUGUUUGUUAAUAACCAAUAGAAUCGCUUAAUUUACCUAGCUCGCUCAGCGCGGCUCCAGUGGACAAUAUCUUAUCCCUCACUACGCACAUGGAUCCGCAUGGCACGCAUUAUUGUUAGAAUUUAUACCUCUCCUGCUGAUAAUUAUUAUUUACUAUUAACUGCCAAAUAAAAACACCUGAGACAUACAACAAAAUCAAAAAUGAUCUUAGGUUCUGUGAACACUAAAAAUACUUAUGAAAGAGCCAAAAUAGCCAGUUCAAAUAUCAAGUUUUACUGCUUAUUUUAUUAUAGUUACCUCUAGCAUUCAUUAAUUUAUAAGUAUUGUAAGCAAUCAAUGGACUGAGUAGAAUUAAAAAUAUUGCCUUAUUGUUGAACAAUAAUCUUGGAAGCUGUAUUUUAAAGUUGCAUUUGCUUAUUAGUUUUAACAUUUACAAAAAUUUGAGCUUGCAAAUGAUUGGCGCUUAUUUAUAACUAACGAUUACCUCAA